AUGAGCCAGUACGGGUACGGAGGAAGGCAGAACCCCUUCGACCAGAGGGACGACGCUGGCGGAUAUGGAGCCCCUCAACAAGGCUACGGUGCGCCGCCAGCACAGUCCUAUGGCGGCAGGAACCAGUACAGCCAAGGACAAGACUCCUACGGUGCCGGCAUGUACAAUCAAAGCCUCGGGUCGAACGUCGAGAUGGCCCCCCUCGCCCAGAACGCAGGCAGUUUUGGACAGGGCGACCCCAACUCCAUUCUGAACGAGUGCCGCUCUAUCGACUCUGGCAUUGACGAGGUCGAGCGCAAUCUGGACCAGCUGCGCAUGCUCCAGGACCGUGUUCUCGCCGACGCCGACACAUCGGGCGCCAGCCCUGCGAAGCGCCAGCUCGAUGGCAUUGGCAGCGAGACCAUGACCAUGUACCGCGCUCUCGUUGAUCGCGUCCGUGUCGUCAAGUCCAACCCCGACUCUCGUACGCCCAAGAACAGCCCUCAGGUCGGCCGUGUCGACCGCCGCCUGAAGCAGGUCAUCCAGCAGUACCAGCAGAUCGAAUCGACCUUCCGCAAGAAGACCCAGGAGCAAAUGGCUCGCCAGUACCGCAUCGUGCGACCCGAUGCGGAUGAGAGCGAGGUCCGCCAGGCCGUCGAGGACCCCAACGGCGGCCAGGUCUUCAGCCAGGCUCUGAUGCAAAGCAGCCGCCAGGGCCAGGCACGUGCUGCCCUCAACGCUGUGCAGGACCGCCACGCAGAGAUCCAGCGCAUCGAACAGCAGAUGGUCGAGCUGGCCCAGCUCUUCCAGGACAUGGACACCCUUGUCGUGCAGCAGGAGGCGGCCGUCGCCCAGAUCGAGCAGAAGGGCGAGGAGGUUGCCGAGAACCUAGACAAGGGCAACGAGGAGAUUGGCGUCGCCGUCGACACGGCAAGGAAGACUCGCAAGAAGAAGUGGUGGUGCCUGGGUAUCUGCGUCCUCAUCAUCCUCAUCAUCGUCGGCGCGGUUGUUGCCUACGUGAUGAUCAACAACAGCAACAAGAACAACAACAACCAAAAGCGAGCACUCGACCUCACCUCUCUACCUAUCGUCAACUCCGUGCCCGUGGACACAGACUCCAUGGUCCGUGUAUUCAAGGACAAGAUGGUCCGGUCAGUAGACAACUGGCAGCCCGGCGCGAACGCUGCCGGCGACAACUGGGCUGCUAGCCAAGCACGCAACAUCCGUGUGGCGCCACCACGAUUCUGAGCGGAUAUAUGUGACGCUUGUUUGACGACGUUGUCCCCAAAAGACGUUUUUAAAACGUGCCUCUUCCAACAUGGCACCUUCACCACACUCUGGAGCGCAAGGCUCCGCAUCUCAUACUACUAGAUCUCAUCAGGGCCUCCCGCGACAACCGUGAGCGUCGUCCUGGCUUGACGUCAGGAUUCUUGGAAAUACUUUCAGGAGUGCAUGCUGGGUUGUUCGCGCACGGACGGCUCUCUCUUUUUCUCGUUGUAUACCACCCACUUUCGCUACCACUGGAUCGACAGUAUUCUUGCGGAGGAUAUAUUUCCAAAUAGGGGCGUUAUCUCUUAUCGUUGUCUGUGGUUCCGCUUCUGUCAUGCUCUGCUUAGCAUUAUCGGCGUUGGCAUGAGUCUAGUGCUAGGUUUGCCAUAUAUUUUUUGUCUGUUCGA